AUGAAGCAACAACUUUUUAUCAGUUUCUUGAACUUUUUGAAUAUUUUGGUGCUGACGAAUCAAAAAGGGGAAGAGCAAACGACUCUGUCCACAAAUGAAGAUGGGGGGGUUAGUAAUACGAACAACACAGAUGUUUCCUAUGACGAUUAUGGCUUUGCUCCCUGCCAACUUUCUGUGCCCGGGUUGAAUUCCCUCUGCCUGAUGGUCGUCUACAUCAUCGUGUUUGUGUUCAGCAUCGUGGGCAACAGUGUGGUCAUGUUUGUGGUCUGCACUAUGAAGAAAAACAGAACCAGCACAGAUAUCUACCUGAUGCACUUGGCCAUGGCAGACUUCCUCUUCUGUCUCACCCUCCCUUUCUACGCUGCAGACAGUCAUUUCGGUUGGAUCUUCGGCAACUUCUUGUGCAAGCUCCUGUCUGGCUUUCAGGAGGUGUCUGUGUAUAGCGGCGUCUUCCUGCUGGCGUGCAUCAGUGUGGACCGGUAUUUUGCCAUUGUCAGAGCCACACGCAGGCUGUUCUCCCAUCACAUGCUGGUCAAAGUGAUUUGCGGUGUGGUGUGGCUUGUGGCUGGGGUUCUGUCUCUACCUGUGGCAAUUAAGAAGGAAAAAAUCUACGCUGAUGAUCUGGGCAUUGACAUUUGCUACGAGAACAUAACUGGUGAGAGCAGCGAGCGGUGGCGGAUCAGCAUACGUGUUCUGCGACACACCGUGGGCUUCUUCCUGCCUCUGGUGGUGAUGGCAGUCUGCUACAGCUGGACGGUGGUGACACUGUUCCACACCCGCAAUCAUCGAAAGUACAAGGUCAUGCGGGUGAUCCUAACAGUGGUGCUGGCUUUCUUCAUCUGCUGGCUGCCUCACAACGUUUCCGUGCUAAUCGACACGCUCAUGAGAGGCGGGUCACUGCCGGAGGGCUCGUGUGAAACCCGCUACAGCGUAGAGAUGAUGCUGGAGGUGACCCAAGUCCUGGCCUUCAUGCACUGUGGCGUGAAUCCAGUGCUGUACGCCUUCAUCGGGGAGAAGUUUCGGAACCAACUGCUCUUGGCUCUUUACAAACAUGGCCUCAUUAGCAAGAGAGUCUGGGUGUCUUGCAGGAAGGGUUCUCUCAACAGUACGGCCAGCGUCAAAUCUAGAAACACUUCUGUUUCCAUGUAGAUGACACCUGAUGGCUGCUACUUCUCAGAUGCUCAUGUUCAUUUGACCCUUUAGUUAAUCAAAUGUCAUUUAUAAUCUCUCCGCCAAUAAAGACC